CACAAGUGUGAUGUAUCGAACUUUGCUAAAGACAUUGCCUCAUCACGAGUCGGCCAUACUGCUCACCAGCUGUGUACUGGGGAGAAAUCAGAUUGGGUACUCCUUGUGGGUGGUGCAAACUGUUCUUCCUGCUGCAAAAGCUCUCUUCUCUACAACAUACGUAAAGGCCAAGUUUUCCCAGUCAGAAUGCCUGAGUCGACACUCGUACCUGGAUUUGAGCGCUAUGAACAGGCUACUGUGCUAACUGAUAAAGAGUUGGUGACCUUUGGCGGGGCAACGCCUGGACACCCCCAGGGUGAUGUGAUCCACGCGGAAGUAAGACUUGAGAACCUGCCCGCUUAUGGCGACCCAACCGAGAGCAUUUUCCCUCAGUCCAGCGUCACACCCACCCCCUCAGGCAUCUCCCCACGAACUCAGCACACCUCCGCCUGUCUUACCGAGUUCGGCGAACUCGUAGUCUUCUCUGGAGGCGGUAUGGGAAGUUGUCCGGUCGACGAUGCAAAGGUCCACUUGUACCGCAUAAGGGAGAGGCUCUGGAGUGCUCUGCCAACCAAAGGCGACGACCCGCCUUCCAAUCGAAUGGGCCAUCUGAUGCUGUACCAGCCUGGCGAUCAUUCGCACUUGCAUGGCUCGACUUCCACCUUCUACGUCCACGGUGGCAUGGCCGAGAUGACAUUUUUCGACGACUUCUUCCGGCUGGAGAUUGAACGGGUAAGAGCACUUUGCGGCGAUUCUGUCAGCAUGUCUCCAAUUCAGAAUCGAGUGCACAUCUCAGAAGAGGGAGGCGAGCCACAGGUGGCCGGCACGUGGCACAACGUGAUUGGCGGGGCGGGCUCGAACGGAGAGGGCGGGAGCCGGCCGAGUCCCCGCGCGGGUCACGGGGGCGCCGUCGUUGUCUCGCCGCUCCACACGCCGCGGGAGGGCGCGCGACCCCGCCACCGGGUCUUCGUUUUCGCCGGAGUCAACGCCCACGGCGCCCUCAACGACUUGCACUACUUCGAUGAGGGUAUGUGGCCGGUCAUCGCGCCGUCAGUUCGAAAGGCAAAUUUAAUCCCAAUCAUUUCGUCGCAGUGGACUGCCGUGGAGGUGCGACAGAGCGUUCCCCCAGCAGCUCGCCUUGACUUCGCCUUCACAACCCUCCAAUUAAGGGUCCUUAAUCCAAAUGUCAAACCGGAACCCGAACGCAUUGUCUCCACUUUCUCCAUUAAUUCACUAUCCGACGAAUUGGCUGACGAGAAGAACAACAGCUGGCAAGAAGGACCAGUGAUAUGGCGAAAUUAUCUGUUUAUACACGGAGGCAUGAACACCGAACAGGCCAUAUUCAACGACGCUUUCAUCUGCUGUCUGGAUGACGACAUGUAA